AUGAACAAAUUUUAUAUUUAUGUUUGCCUUAUUGCCGUCUUUCUGGCAUUUAUCGUAGUGACCGAGGCCACUAAAGGAACAUCAACGGGAAAUGAGGAAAAGCCUGUUGAUUCUGACAGUGCGUCGUUGAUAAGGGAUUCGAGAGCUACUCGCGUUAAACGUUUUGGAUGGGGUUGUUGUGGUUGUGGCUGUGGAUGUUGCGGCGGAUUUGGCGGUAUAGGACUCUUUGCCUUUGGAAAAUAAACUGAAAAUUUUAAAAAGAAUAUAAAGGCAGAUAAAAUGAAUAGAAUUAGAAUAAAU